UCUCUCGAUUUUCGUCGUCAUCAAACUGCGAAACUCGCUGGCAGAGCAGGAUGUAGUAAUUUUCAUUGUUCGCUAUGAUUGUGUGAUUUAGAUCGAAGGCAUGUAGUAUUAAAUUGCAUUAAGCAGAUGUUCUUUUAAUUGGACAGCAGCAUUUUCUAGUUUCGUCAGUAUUAAAGGUUUGGUAGAAGAGUGUUGAUAAAGCAAUUAACUGUUCUGUGAUAAGCAUUCUGAAGGUAUUAUGUGGAACUAAAUUUUCAAAAUUAAUUUGAAUUUAAUGAACAAUAUUGAUUCACUGAGUGAUGAUUGCAAUCUUGAAAAUGGAUUCGUUAACUCGCGUUAAACUGGAAGUGAAUUAAUGGAAAAAGUCGUCUUGCUCACCGUGAAGGUCGUGCGUCGACCCCGCUGUUGAGGGAGCUAUUAUUUUGUCCAGAAUGUAUACUUAUACGUCCAGACUAACUGUCGCCAUUAUAUGGGCUGCAGAAUGUCACGGAAAAUCGAAACUUGAAGCUACAGCAGCGUAGUGUAACUGCUGGAUGGUUUCAGUUAAAAUUGAAAGUUGAUGUCAGAAGGCAAGAGUGUGUCCCCAAUGGCCGAAAAGCUUUUUUACUCCCUGACUAACGCAGAGGCAAGCACUUCGGAGAAUGAGUUUGACCCAGUACAUCAUGUUGAACCGACACGCUCGGAGGAAGGUGAGGAGCUUGAGGGUGCUGUUGGUGUUGUUGCCGAGGCGGGUUGUGUUGCAAAAGACGAGGACGAAGAUGAGGAGCUCUUGGAGUUUAAAACCCAAGAUAAUUGUCCGCCAACACCAUACGAAGAAUGCUUGGACCUAAAUAUAUUUGAGACAUUGGUACAACAAGAACGUAUGUUGGAAUCUCAAACAAAAGAGUGUGCGGAGAAAGAUGGAAACAGUUUAAAUUUCAUUGAUGGAAGCUCAUCGCCAAAAAAGUUGGAAAAUGCAGAUGCAUGCUGCUGUCCUGCGGUAACGCCAACAGGGGGUCACCAUAUCGGUGAUUCAUGUGGAUCUUCUGCCUCUUCCGCACCUUGUUCCGGAGUUCGUCGUAAAGCAAAAGGUACGGCAACUUCACUAGAAGAACCGGUAACAAAUGGCACGAAGAAAAAAGUUCGCUCGAAUGGAUCGCUUAAAUCAUCUCCGUCGCAAGAUUAUCUUCAAAUUUGGCCUUCCCCGUCUAGUACCAGCAACGAACAGAGGAAUGAAGAUAGUUCAUCGAAUCAGCAGAAGACCACUAGUCCAGCUGUCCAAGUGCAUCGGCCCCUAGAGAGGUCGUGGCCACCGAAACAGCAACACCGCAAACAGCAAGCUUUUUCGCAACAGGAGCAGGGAUCUGAGGAAUUUUCCUUUGACAUAAUUGAUACAGAUGAGCAGUGCUAUCCUUUGACAGGCCCGGAAAGUGGAGCAGGCGGGACGGAUUUUGUUCCUGGAGAGUUUUUCGAACAAAGUCCAAAGCAAAUGCGUCACGAAAAAGUUGCCCGUGUAGUUAAACAAUCCCUGGAGGGGAUAACUGAAAGUGCUCCGUUGGCUACACCUGAGACUGACGGAAGUUUAUCCGAGCAUACACCGCUUAGGCUCGGAAGACUGGAACAAAACGUUAACUCGGAUAUUGAUUGUGCUAACGAAGCUACCGUUGAAAUGAGUAAUCAAACCAAAGCUCCACUGAGGAAAGCCAUUCCAAAACCGGAAUUUAAUUUUCCGGAUAAUCAAUAUGUCCAACCAUCAUCCAGUUCCAAUGAACCAGUGGAAACGUCGAAUGAUAUACGAAUAAUUAAACCUCACAAACCUCUGGUCAGAAUUUUAUCGAACGGUAGAGGGAAAAAUGCGAGUAACGGUCCCGUAAAUUCCGGCGAGCUGCUAGUGUUAGAUGCCAUGAAAGCAAGUCAUAUUAUAUUUCCCGUUCAGAACUUGUCUCCUUGUGCAAGAAGUCCCCCGUCAGGGUCAUCAACUCGAUCGGGGUCGCCACUGGAGCACCAUUCACCCGAUCGCCAUUCACCGGUUAUAAUGCAUCCCAAACCGGUGCGUCCACAGCCCCGUCCGUUGACCAGGGUAGGUUGCGGACGUAAUGAUCUCAUUUGUCCACCAACGCCCACCCAUCACGCUCGGCGACUUCGAGUAUUAGCAGAAAACUUUGGUCCUCCUGACCUACGAACUAGAAAUGUGUUCUCACCGGAAAUAGUAAUAUCUCCGGAAACUACAAGAUACAACGAAUUAGUUGCGGUGACGGGAAAUCGAGUUGAUCAGCUGCAGGUGGCUGAAGGUCACGAAGACGAAACGGAAACUGAUUCACCCAUGCGACACUUGACCAGCACGAGAUUGCCCUCAAUCCCAGAGCGAGCUAGGGGAGCUCUUGCUGAUCCUGAUGAACCUCUGCCGCCUGCUUGGGAAGCUCGUAUGGAUAGUCAUGGCCGAAUAUUUUAUAUCGAUCAUGCUACCCGAACAACAUCUUGGCAAAGGCCGGGCGCACAUUCUGGUAUUUCCGGACCGGAUCAGCAUCGACAGCAAUUGGAUCGUCGUUAUCAAUCGAUAAGGAGAACUAUUUAUGACCGACGAGAAGGGAGUAUGAGCCGUAGUCCGCCUAGGUUCGGUUAUGAUUCUAUUAAUCCACGUCAAGGAGCGUCGGCUAUUGCUGUCGCGAUCAAUACUGCUCAAAUCGAGAGUCUACAGUUGGACCGAACGGCCCACCCAGCGUUACUGAUGAUCUGCCGAGCAAACUUCUACUCCAUGCUACAUACUAACACUGAUGCUAUCUUGAUCUACAAUCGUAACGCCGCCCUAAAACACAUGGUUUCUCGAGUGCGAAGAGACCCGGGCUGCUUCGGGCGUUACCAACACAACCGAGAUUUGGUGGCUUUGGUUAAUUGCUUUGCAUCACCGGAUAAAGAUCUUCCAACGGGUUGGGAAACUAAAGUAGAUCAAAGCGGUAAACAGUUCUUUAUUGAUCAUGCCAAUCGAAGAACUUCGUUCAUGGAUCCCCGGGUUCCUACGGAUUGCCCACGAGCGCGCCAUAGACCGGAGCAGUUGAUUACUGCCACACAAACGGCACCGGCAGUUGAUAUUGCUCCGAUCCCACCACCCAGACCGCCGGCGCUGCCACGGUUGAGUAUCGGAUCGCCUGAGAUUCCGGUUGCCUAUAACGAUAAGGUGGUUGCCUUUCUUCGUCAGCCAAAUAUUCUUGAAAUUCUUCGGGAACGUCAUGGGGCUGCGGCGUGUUCACGCAAUUUGCGGGAUAAAAUCAACUCGAUUAGAGUGGAGGGGACGACUGCACUCGAUCGACUUAGUCAUGACUUGCAGUUGACGAUACUGUUGAGCCUUUUCGAGAACGAUAUUAUGAGCUACAUCCCGGUGGAGGCUCGCAGUCCACAGGGAUCACCGAAUCAUAACAAUGCACGGGUUCCGCAGCGGGCUCCUCCACCUUUCCGGCGGGAUUUCGAGGCAAAAUUACGAACCUUCUACCGCAAGCUGGAGUCGAAAGGAUUCGGCCAGGGACCGCAUAAGUUGAAAUUACACAUCCGCCGGUCUCACCUGUUGGAGGAUGCCUUCCGGCGGAUCAUGUCCGCCAACAAGAAAGAUCUUCAGCGAGGGCGGCUGGCCGUCCUGUGGGACACGGAGGAAGGACUCGAUUAUGGUGGUCCCUCGCGGGAGUUUUUCUUCCUGCUGUCCCGGGAGCUGUUCAAUCCGUACUACGGUUUGUUCGAGUAUUCAGCCAACGACACUUACACGGUGCAGGUUUCGCCGCUGUCCGCGUUUGUGGACAACAGCCAUGAUUGGUUUCGCUUCAGUGGACGCGUUUUAGGCCUUGCACUGGUGCACCAAUAUUUACUGGAUGCCUUCUUCACUCGACCUUUCUAUAAAGCGCUCCUACGGUUACCGGUGGCACUUAGCGACCUCGAGUCUUUAGACAACGAAUUCCAUCAAUCGCUGCAGUGGAUUCGGGAUAAUGAUAUCGGUUCUGGAGCGUCCCUAGGUCUUACCUUCUGUGUAACGGAGGAACUGUUGGGGAGAGUGGUAGAACGUGAACUGAAACCGGGUGGUAAAAAUAUUCCAGUGACUGAAAAAAACAAACGUGAAUAUUUGGAACGGAUGGUCAAGUGGCGUCUGGAGCGUGGAGUGCAAGAGCAAACAGAAUCGCUGGUACGGGGCUUCUAUGAAGUCGUCGAUCCACGAUUGGUAUCCGUAUUCGAUGCCCGUGAGCUGGAACUAGUGAUUGCCGGAACGGCAGAGAUUGAUCUCAACGAUUGGCGCAUCAAUACUGAAUAUCGGAGUGGUUAUCACGACGGCCAUCAGGUGAUCGUUUGGUUUUGGCAUGUGAUAGAAAAGUUUUCCAAUGAGCAGCGACUAAGGCUGCUGCAGUUCGUGACGGGAACGUCCAGUAUUCCGUACGAAGGCUUUGCGGCCCUUCGCGGAUCCACCGGUCCGCGGCGGUUUUGCAUCGAAAAGUGGGGCAAACCGAACGCUCUCCCGAGGGCGCAUACUUGCUUUAAUCGAUUGGAUCUGCCGCCGUACCCGACGCCUGAUGUUUUGUACGAAAAGCUUCUGCUAGCGGUAGAGGAGACGAAUACGUUCGGAAUUGAGUAGCUAGCUGACAGCAAUGGCGAGCCUUGGCCCGUGUAUCUAGUGCUGUUUCUGUUUUAUAGUGUAUUUAUUUUCUAUUUUUUGAAGAUUUUAAUCGUACAGCUGCUCUGAAAGAGACUAGAGGCCACAGAGGGUGCAGGCCGCUUUUGGUGUUUGCAAACGAAAGGAAAAGUAUAUAGCAUGCACAGCACGUAGUGAAACGGUUACUAAACAGUCAGUAGUGUGUGAAUUGGCCUAACGAAAAAGCGCGAUUGCCGCAAGUGCUGUUGCCGCAUUGAUGGUCUACAGGGGAAAAAACAAGCUCCGCGCGGAUUAUCAGUGCGAAACGAAGUGCGGGUGAUUUCGUAUUAAAAAAGUUGAAUCGUGCACCGUAGAAGGUGAAGGCGCAGGUGAGGUCAGUGAAAAAGACGGAGAGCGAUGAAUAGGGGGCAGAAUUUGACGGCUAGGUGUAGUGGUUUCUAAGAUUGGUGGUAGGCUAAGAGAAAACAAUGUGCAGAGAUUUGAAUAUUUCCAGAGAGGUAUUUCGUACACCACGCUAAACUGUACAGCAAUUAUCUGACAACAUUUCAAUCUGUUAGUUGGUUUUCAGUGUUUCAACAAGCAUUUUUUCGAUAUUUGGAACUCGAUGAUUGGAUUAAUCAAAAUAAUACGUUUACGCUGGUAUGCAAAUCAAUUUAGAUUUGGUAUUCACAUAUUGUUGUACAUUUAAAUCACGCCGUUGCCACGACAAUUAAUUAAUUAUUCUCUAACGGCAACAAUAAUUUGUCAAUAAGAGCGAUAAACUAAAAUCACAUCCUCUGUCGGCCAACAAAAACCAAUCGAUAAAUUUACAUUACUGCCAUACAAAUGUCAUCUGUUGCUCAUUAAUUAAGUUACCAACUUCAACAUUUCGCUUCGGUGGGCCAGACGAGCUGCUCGCUGCCAUCAAUACACUAUGUGGACAUGCCGUUAUCGCAGAAUCUCCUUUUUCUUCGCUUUUUCCGUUUAUUGCUCUCGGACUCAAUCUGUCUCAACUGUUGAGGCAAUGCUGGAGACUCCCCCUGAGCAUCUAGGUGACAACAAGAAAGUAAACGGGUGCGAAUUUUCUAACAUUUUAUGAGUGAUUAGUAAUUGAAGAACAAUAACUAAGAGAGUGUUGCACAGCUUCAUAGCGUUGACUAAUGACCACCCUAAGGUGGCGCAAUUGAUCGGUGACAUCAAACGACAAUCGCAGCUAAUGGCGGCGGAUUAGGAGAAGUGUAAGGAAAUUUACAUCUAAUUGCUGUACACGAUUCUAUGAAUAUGGUUCAAGUGUAGUAGACUAGUAGGAUAUAAGAACGUGUUUUAGUUUUCAAUGCGGAAUAUGUUAAUAAGGAAAAAAACACAGCAAACAAUACAACUGCACGUAUCCAUUGGAUAUUCCAAUAGUGGCACCUACCAUAGAAAGCACCCGUAAGUAACGUUAUUUCAAAAAGUCGUCGCUUUAUUGAAAUAUUAUACGUUCAACAAAUGUUCUCUUCUAGUCAGAACUGAUAAAAUUACCGAUUACCCAAUACAAUAGACAUCCCUCUGAGGAUAGCCAGACUUAAUAAUCUUUAGAAUAUCCCCAAGCGCCCAAAGCACACAUACAGGUACACUUAUACCCGCAUAUAGAUACCAUUAAUGAAAAGUCCCGCCACCACUGAAACGAUACCGUAGAGCAAAAAUAAUAGUCGUAUUUCCCUAAAACCGUAUCGUACAGUAUUGCUUACUAAUCGAAUCGCUUCGACACAUCGAUCGAUAAUAGAGCAGUAGUAACCAAGCUAUACUUUCCUGCUAGAUGUAAUUGUUCGCUGCCGUCAAAAUUCGAAGACAAUUCGAUAAAAAAGCCGUUAUAUUAUAACAAGGGAAAUUUAAAAAAAAAUGCAUGUUAUUCGGAACCUCACUUUACCUGCUUUCCAUCUUACAGCAAGUGACACGAGAAGCAGAAUAACCACGAUUCGUAGAAAGACACCAUCUUCUGUCAUUAUUUUUGCACAGUUGAAACAAGUCUGUGUUGAACUAGGAUUAAUAAAGGUGCAUGUCCUUUUAUUAUAAUUUUCUGCCGUGUACUUUCGUUAGGGCUCCAUCCGUCUCAUUAGUUUUUGGGCCAGUGUGUGUAUGCGUCUCGGUAUUGUUUUCUACAACCGAUCUGAGGUUACAUGUAUUCGCGAGCGAGGGGUGUUUUUUCGUAAUAACCAUUACUAUGUUUUACUGUGUAAGACUAGGUGUAUAUGAUUUUAUCUGGUUAAUUAUUGUUUAGUAACGUAAAUCUUCGAAAACGUAAAGGUUUUUACCAUUUCUUCGGUACAUUUUAAGUUUUGUUUUCAACACUUGUCAGAUCGAUCAGUCAUAAUUUUAGUGAAUAUUUUAUUAGAUGGUACUAUCGUUAGAAACGCUUACGCAAAUAAACCAAACAUUUAAAAUUUA